CGAAAACCUCCAAAGCAUUCAGUACAACAAAAUUUCGGUCAUCCAUUUUCAAAGUUUUCCAAAUAAAACAAAACAUUUUCCAUUUUCCAUUUGGCCUUUGUGCACAAAAUUUAUCCCUUCGAAAAAACACCAAACAAUCAUUUCAGAAACCAAAAAUUAUUCAGCCUGUGUUCCGUUUUUCCAUAUUUCCAUAUUUCCGAUUUUCCGUAUUUAAUAAUCAAAAUUUUCCGUAACAAAAUUCUGCAAUAUUUGAAAUGAAUUGCACGCUGAAGGUGGCUCGGGGCUUGAACUACUGCUGGAGGAAGCUGCCGCAGCCCCAGCACCUGCCCCGCCAGGUGCGGCUCCUGAGCCACAGGCCCUUCGACUGGCGGCACUGGAACCCCGACCCGCCCAGUCAGCUGCACUCCCACUUGCACCGGUUCGAUAAUCCGUCCAUGGAGGAGCACAUGGGGCAGCCGAUGGCCAGCAGCCAGCGACGCGGACCCGUGUGGGAGCCAGGUCGGCGCGCCAUCAUGCAGGACCCCCAGGAGCACCAGCGGCGCCAGCAGCUGAUCAUCGAGGAAAACAAGCGGAGGUGGUCCCGUGGGAAUGCUCCGGGAAUCUCCAAGCCCGACAUUAUCUACGAUGCGGACAACAGACGAAAUCAGCAGCAGAGUCGGCAACGUCGUAAGAGGAAGGCCGCUCACAAAGCGGCCAAGGAUUACAGCAGGAAACGCCGGUACCAGCGCGUAAGGGAGCUCAAGCGGCAGGAAUACGAGCUGAAAAAGUCGCGCAGGGGCUACAAUCUGCCCGGGUCGGAUCGGACCCGCGACGAGUCCCGGGGCGAGGACGUGACCAUGAGCCGGCACGAGAACGAGAACCAAACGCAGUACGAACAGUACGGCGCCAGCGAGGAGUGGCUGCGCAAGCGCGAAGAUGCAGAGGAGGCAAAGUACUGGCACUCCUGGCACACCUGCCCCAGCCAGCGGUGCGACGAGGAUCUCGAGUCCAGCGGGGAUCUUGGACGGGGCCCAAGGAGACACCCCCGCGGCUACUACGACAGUCGUCGCAGCUUUCACCACAUGCAGCUGCCUUCGAUCAGGUCCCCGGACCACCAGAUGAUGGCCAAUCGCCUGGUGAACAGACGCAGGCCCAUGCAGAAGCGGACAGAGGAGGCGUGCCUGGAGGAAGAGCCCGCCGUGGAGAAAAAACGUUUGGUGCGCUUGGUGAAGCCGCCGCCCAUCAAGAGCGUCAUGGGGGUGACGCGCGCAGCAGCUCCCGUCUGCAGCUUCUCCGAACAGCUGAACAUCCCAUCACCGAGCUACGAUUGCGCAGGCCGCUCGUGCUCCUCCCUAAGCGACAAGUGGCGGCAGUACUCCAGCCUUCAGAAGGGCUUAAGGCGCGGCGCCUAGGUGAGAGCAGACACUUCCCAGCGGACUGACACCAAAGAAAACGGUCCAUAGAAAUAUUCAGUAUUCAAAUAGAGCUCAAACAUAAGCUGCUGGCUUUUAUGUUACUUUCUUUCAGUU